CUGCCCGUCAAAGGGAGGAGGGUGUUAAGUGAACAAUCAUGAUUUCCCAUCGUCCCGAAGUAGCAGCCAUUGCAAGUUUGCAAAGACGAUCGCAGCAAAAAGAUCGGCAAAGCGUGAUCCAACCGUCACACAGACCGACCACCUAGGCAGGCAAACAAAGGCCUACUACACCUGGACACUGUAUACGGAUACACCCAGGUACAUUCCCGAUACCGAUAUCAUGGCUGCCGUUCCCCGGGACCUUCGAGACGCGGAUGGCGUGCGGAGGAGAGAGUCAUCGCCGCGGCCUGAUCGCCGACGGCGGCCAAGACUGUUGAGAGCUAGCGCGACUGAGCCGACCAUCACGACAACUUCCAAUGCCAGCCGUGGCGCUAUAUCGAGCCCGCAACCGUCCCAGAGAGCGACCGAACUGCUCAAUCGGGUGGCCGUCUACUCGGGGCACCCUCCCGAAUACUCACCGACCUCGGGCGCCGCACCGCCAAUGGCCUCGCUCAGCGUCGAAGAUGUAACUGUUCCAGCAACAAAUCGUUCACAGGGUCAUCGGGAGCACCAUCCUUAUUCAAACGGCUACUUCAGCUUUCCCAAUUUUGAUGCUUGGGACGGAGAGCGGCGCAGUGACGACAAAGAAGAGGAUGCCUGAAUUGUAUCGGAUCGAAGGAGGACGAUGCGAGGAGUCAUCCCGACGAGCAUGGAUGCAUAAUCGAAGGGGGCGACGUAACAGAGCCGCCAAAGAGGCUAUGCUACCUAUCUAGCACGCCAGCGCGGACAAGGUCAAGUUGCGCGUCAGAGAACGAAAAUGCUCCGUCAUAUGAAUGAGUGCUGGUCAGCACCGAGCAAAGUGGGCUCGAUACAGGGACGGCACCGACCGGAAACACAGUACGAAGGGUUGCUUUUAGAACCCCAUUCUCGGGCAACCUGAGAAAAUGGUUUAUGCGGGAUUGGCGUUGAUUCGGGAUGACUAGGUAAAUUAUGGACGACACGCAUAUCACCAUAAAGGUGAAUACUCCGAUCAGGAAGAGCGUGGGAAAUUAAGUCUUCAGUCGGCGUCCUAUGAUGGACUAUUAUGGCCGUGUACGAAUUCGGAAUGGAAUACCCCGUGUGUAACCUUGAAAGCAUUCCAAGAGAUACAUAUAAAUUAUGUAAAAUGUCGGACGAGGCCAAUCGAGCUGGCGAAAUGAAAUGCUGACUGGCAAUAAAUU